AAACGAAGAAAGUACGAAACCAGAAGGUCACGAUCGAAACUUCUCUUCUUCAUCGGAGCUCUUCUUCAGUUCUUCACAGGAUCAAUUUCUUCCAUUUUGAGCUCUUCUUCUGAGCUUCUUCAGCUAAUUUUCAGAUCUUCUCUCAUUGUCUAGGGUUAUUGUAUUUUGUUACACACUUGAUCAAAAGUUGGCAUAUCGAAAAAAUUUUCUACGGCCUCAAAAAACUUUUGCUCUUUUGCACAAAUAGAAGCGGUUAGGAAAAAAGACUGCUUUCCCCAUCGCAAGAUAAGUUGCGAAAUAUAGCCGGGCGACCCAAUUUGAUGAUUACAAUGGGUUACGUUGGACUGAAGCGAUUGGGGGUAGGGCUGCGUUUCCAGUGGAACAGGGCAGCGCUUUGGGGAUGGAAUCGCCAUUGCCAUACAAACAUAUCCUAUCCAAUCCUCAAUUUCAAGCCUACACCAGAGGGGCGGCGGAUCUAUGAAGCUGACGAGACUAUUCUUCCAGCUGAUUAUCAAAGCAAUAACACCAAGCCUACACCGAAGCGGCAGAUCUAUGAAUCUGACCAGGAGGAAAAGUUGUCGUGGCAGUUUAUUCCAUAUCACCUUGAUGAGGAAAGGUUUGACGUCGGGUCUCUGCUAGACGAAUGGGUUGUAGUUCAUGAUAAUGAGGUUUCGGCGGGUGAGCUCAAGAGGAUCCUUACCAAACUUCGUAAGGAUGGGCGAUUCUCUGUAGCUCUAAAGGCUUUUGAAUGGAUGUGGAAGAAAGGUAAUUAUAAAUUCUCAUCUAUGGACCAUGCGGUCCAUGUGAACUUGAUUUAUAAGGUUCGAGGAUGUUCUGCUGCAGAGCACUAUGUCAGGAACUUGCCAGAACAAGCUAAAAACGAGAGGACGUAUGGUGAACUUCUGCAUUGCUACGUGCAUAAAGACAGAACAGAGAAGGCCUUGUUCCAUUUUGAGAAGAUGAAAGAGUUGGGUUUUGUGUCGUCGCCCCGCCCUUUCAAUGAGAUCAUGCACCUUUAUGCCAAGAGUCUCAAAAUGGAAAAGGUCCUUGGGGUGUUGGCGGAUCUGAAGAAGACCAAGGUUUUGCCUGAUAAUGAUAGUUACAGGAUCUGCAUUAGUUCAUUUGGGUUAAAGCACGAUAUGGAUGGGAUGGAGAGAAUGCUGAGAGAAAUGGAGAGUCAGCCCCACAUUGUCAUGGACUGGUGUACGUAUGCCGUGGUAGCUGAGUUCUAUGAAAGAGAAUUCCUUGUAGAUAAGGCCACCGAUGCUCUUGAAAAGGCAAGGAUGGCGUUACAGAAGAAGAAGAAGAAUAGAGGAAACUACAAUUUGAUGAGCAGUGAUUACGAGAAUGUGGUGAAGUCACUAGUGAAGCUUGGUGAGUUGGCUGAGGCUA